GGCCUCGCAAGCUGACGCACAGCUGAUAAAGAAAGCGAAGAUGGACACAGGCCUCAAGACCAUAGGCACCCACAAUGGUACCUUCCACUGUGACGAAGCACUCGCCGUCUUUCUUCUCAAGCAAACUACCACCUACCACGAUGCAGAGGUCAAGCGUACCAGGGACCCAAAAAUUCUCGAUACUUGUGACAUCGUCGUCGAUGUCGGAGCUGUAUACGACGAAUCGAUUAAGCGCUUUGACCAUCAUCAACGCGGGUUUACCGAGGUUUUCGGACAUGGUUUCAGCACUAAAUUGUCCUCGGCCGGUCUCAUUUACAAACAUUUUGGCCGCGAGAUUAUCGCAAACAGAUUCCAGCUCCCGCAAGAGAAUUCCCAAGUAAACACUCUGUGGUUGAAAAUGUACAAGGAGUUUAUCGAAGCCAUCGAUGGCAUCGAUAAUGGUAUCUCGCAAUACUCUAACGACAUACAGCCUAAAUAUCGCAGCCGCACUGAUAUCUCGAGUCGUGUUGGCUGGUUGAACCCAGCUUGGAACGAGAGCUUUGACCAUGAGAGCGUCAACACUCAAUUUGCCAAGGCGUCCAAGCUCACUGGCGAAGAGUUCCUCGGGAGACUCGACUACUACGGCAAGGCGUGGCUUCCUGCAAGGGAUCUUGUAGCAGCUGCACUCAACAAGAGGAACGAAGUUGAUGCCAGCGGACGCAUCAUCCUCUUCGAAGCAUUCGCUCCUUGGAAGGAGCACCUGUUCGAGUUGGAAUCCGAGCUCGGUAUCACGCGCGAGACACAGCCAUUCUAUGUUCUCUACCCUGAUGAGACUGGCGGUAAUUGGCGCAUACAAGCCGUCCCCGUCUCCCCUGAGAGCUUCGAAAGCCGCAAGGCGCUUCCUGAGGCUUGGCGUGGAGUGAGGGACGACGAUCUGUCGCGCGUGUCCGGUAUCGAUGGAGGCAUCUUCGUUCAUGCAUCGGGCUUCAUCGGAGGAAACAAGACCAAAGAGGGCGUGCUGGAGAUGGCUAAACAAGCACUGAAGCUCUAAAGACUCUUUGUUCGUUGAAGAAGACUAAUGGUUAGCAAAGACACGCCAGCUGUCUCGAGACGAGGGCGCAUGGCGUACUAGGCAGAUGUUCUGCCUUUCAACUGAUCUACGAUCAGCUUCACAACACGUCGCGUCGUUGUGAAGUGAUAGACAUCACUACAAACCUGCGGUAUGGGUCAGAUAGGUGUCUUGGAGGGACAUAUCCAUGCAGCUAGUUGGCAAUCAUCUGUAUCAGGGUACAUAUUGACGCAAACGAGCUUCUUGUAUUGCGUUUCGAUAUUGUGCAAUAAAGCUUGAUCGGUUGUUCCCGC